AAUAGUAAACUCUGCAGCCCUUAAACAGACAACCAGGGCUAACUGAAUAGAUUCUAUGCAACUGGGAACCGUUGGGAUACAUAUUACUGUCCCUCACAGCAACCCAGUGAAGCAAAUCACUUUAAGCCUGAGGCCUCAGACAAGAUGAAAGUGGUUCUUCAGACCAUCAUCUGCUGGUGUGUUCUAGUCACAGUUGUAGCUCUUGUGAAAGGCAACAAAGUUGACCUCAACUCCAACUUCAAGAAGAGUAUAUUUAGAGUCUGGCUCCAGAGCCGCACGAGGGGAGAUCUCCAAAGAACCCCUGCAGUACACAGAGGAUUCUUCAGUAGACCAGAGCAGAGAGAGGGGACAGACCCCUCAGUUCUUCAUUUAAGGUCCAGACGAUCCGGUGUGACAACAAUGAAUAGACCCGGCUGCUCUCUCGGCACGUGCAUCAUGCAAGAUCUCAUCCAUAAGGUGCACCACCUCAAUGACAGUUCAAAGGUCAACAAAGCACCGGAGAAAAAGAUCGGCGCCCAUGGUUAUGGUCGCCGUCGAAGGUCGCCACUGACGCUCCCACAUAACUUCAGCACUAGAUUUUCAGGCAGAGAGGAUGACACUGGAAUUCAGCUCUGAGCACAGCCAUGUGUUUCACUUACAGGCCACUGUGCUCAGACUAGCUUGAAUUGGGGAGAAAAUGAACAUCCAGCUAGCGAAUGCUCAGCGCUUUUCCUAUGUCUGGUUGCUGAGAUACUACUGAAGCCAUCUUUCUGAGCAUCCUAUUCCUGUGUGGGAAGGGGAAUGGAGCCGGGAAAAUAAAUAUCACGCCACUUCGCAGAAGUAAGAAAGGAGAGAAAGUAGGUUAUGUGUGUGUUGCAGUAAGUAACAUCUGCCCUUUUUAGAGUUGUGAAGCCUGUCUCUUUCCCAGCUCACAAGACUUUCGUCACCCCUUUGGCAGCACAGAAUGAGUGGCUUGGUUGAACACUGUUACCCCAAGGGCCAAACCAGAUAAUAUAAUGACAUAUAACAUAGUCUGGACUUAUUAUAUAUUUACAGUACAUUCAGUAUCCAUUCAAAAUGAUAAACAAUUGUGUACCAGAUUGUACCAGAUUUGGGACUACAAUGUUUGGCUAUGUGACACACUGUUGCAGUUAUCAAGGCCUUGGUUUAUGUACUCUGUACUCACAAAGGAUGCUCUAUUUCAACAUGUCUUUGUGUAUAUAGCCAUACGUGCAAUUUAUAUACAUACAGUAUUUGUUUAUUACCAGUGUGUAU